GUCACUUUAUACAUUCAAAUUUUGUACAUCAUUUCCAUAUUUCAUAUUUUGUGCUCUUUUGCUCUCCAAUUUCUCACCAUGUCAUCUUUUUUCCCCCCCCAAUUUCCACUGCUUUGAUAAGUAGAUCGAAGAUUAUACAAUUGUGUCAUCAAUUUAUUAUGCAACAAGAAAUGUGCCCGCAAAACUUGAUAUGGGGUGAUUCAUUUGAUAUACUAGAUAUUUAGUCUUUAUAGUCCGGCUCGUGCAUAUAGAAGUAGUUGGAAACCUUUCGUUUUAAUGUAGCACCUCAAACCAUCUCGCUCAAUUGGACCUUUGUUGUGUUCAAUCACAAGAGACUCAAAUGAUAUUAUCGGAGUGUCUUAUAAGAUAACUAGCGUCUUUGUUUAUGACACAUCGUGAUUUGUAGUUUGUCAAAACAACGUGAUGCUAUGUUGAGUUUGAUAAUCCAUACAUCACGAAACAAUGUGGGCAUUGCACGAUCGUGCUUUAUUGUGUAACAAGCCUAAACAAUCAAAUUUCAACUAAGCAUAAUUUUGCUGCCGAUCUUAUGCAUCCCACUGGUUUUCUACAAACAAAGGCUUCGAUUCGAACAAGAACAACUGAACAAACAAGUAUUUCUCCAAGCAUAAAUUGAAUUGAAAAUGGAGUCCGCAAUAAUUUAUUAUCCUGAGAAGUUCAGAAAGAAUUUCAUCACGUAUCUCAAUUGAAAAGAAUAAAAAAAAUUAUGAUAAAGGCUAAAAACCAAAACGUAGAAAUAGGGUGACGGAAAUAGCAACACAGCUAAACGAUAAAUCUUACAGUUUCCGCCAUCGUCCUCCUUCUUUCCUUCGGAGACUCUCCUGCAACUUCUGCUGAUUUCUCGUCGAGAUUUCAAAACUAUUUACUCAUCGUUUCAUUGAAUAUAUAUGUGCCAUUUGAAUCCACCGCUCGCUCGUUACAGUCUCCCUCCUCUCCGAUGGCGGGUCCAAUCAGACCCACAUUCCAGUCUUCUUCUUCAUCGUCCAAUGCCUUCGUUUUCCGUCUCCUCUUUCUUCUCACUCUCCUCCCCUUGACUCUCGCGGUUUUCGCAUUCGUCCUCCAAUGGCGUGGCGGAUUUUUGAGCGACCCCAUUAACAGAUGGUCUCCAGAAACCCAUCAGUUCCCCGGCAUGAUGGAAACCACCGCCGAGGAGGCUGAUGCCUUCGGCGGCAGCUCCGCCAAGGCUGUCGUCAGAAGUUCCGAUUCAGGGUGCUCUCUUUUGGGUCCCUCCCAUUCUGCUUCGUUUCCUUAUUACCGGGAUUGGAAGUUCGACUAUGGGUCGGAUCUGAAUCCCAAGAUAUGUAUAACAACGAGCACUUCUGCUGGCUUGGAGCAGACUUUGCCAUGGAUUUUCUAUCACAAGGUCCUUGGGGUAUCCACCUUUUUCCUGUUCGUGGAGGGAAAGGCUGCCUCCCCUAGCGUAUCAAAAGUUCUGGAAACCAUUCAGGGCGUGAAAGUCAUAUACAGGACUAGGGAACUCGAGGUGCAACAAGCUAAUAGCCGCGUUUGGAAUGAAACUUGGCUGGCAAGCUUCUUCUACAAACCUUGCAAUCAUGAGUUAUUUGUGAAGCAAUCACUCAAUAUGGAAAUGGCCAUCGUCAUGGCAAGGGAAGAAGGAAUGGAUUGGAUUCUCCACCUUGACACAGAUGAGCUCAUUCAUCCUGCUGGAGCUCCUGAGUAUUCUUUGAGGCGGCUUCUAUCAGAUGUACCUGAAGAUGUCAAUAUGGUUGUCUUUCCAAAUUACGAGAGUAGUGUCGAGAGGGAUGAUAUCAAGGAACCUUUCAGUCAGGUCUCAAUGUUUAAGAAAAAUUAUGAUCAUCUUCCUAGAGAGGUAUACUUUGGAAGCUACAGGGAAGCCACCCGUGGCAAUCCAAACUACUUUCUUACAUAUGGAAAUGGCAAGUCUGCUGCUCGAGUUCAAGAUGAUCUUCGUCCCAAUGGUGCACAUCGAUGGCACAAUUAUAGGAGGACUCCCAAUGAAGUCAAAUUUGAAGAGGCUGCUGUUCUGCAUUAUACAUAUACGAAAUUUUCGGAUCUGACUUCAAGAAGGGAUCGCUGUGGAUGCAAACCCACUAAAGAGGAUGUCAAGAGGUGUUUCAUGUUGGAAUUUGACAGAGCUGCCUUCAUAAUUGCUUCAACUGCAACAGACGAAGAAAUGCUCCGCUGGUAUCGGGAACAUGUUGUAUGGACAGACAAAAAUUUGAUUCUCAAACUCCAGAAAAAGGGCAUCCUGACUCGCAUUUACUCCCCCAUGUUAAUUAUUCAAGCACUAAGGGAAGCUGGAGUAUUCAGCUCAGUAAUAUCAGAAGCCGCAGCAACGAGGAACAUCCCAAUAGAUGACUUCUCAUCAUCAGUGAAUGCUACUACUACCAACCCUAGUAGUCCAGACAUACCCACCGGCUUGGUGCAUUCGAGAAAAAUUGGCCAGGAGAAGAAGGCGGCAGAAUCCCAUGCAGCAGGCGGAAGAAGGUUGUUCGACAAGUCUUCUCACCCGCCAGCAGUGCCUCCGCUUUCUCCACCUGGUAUAGAUGACAUUAUCGAAAUAGUCUCGACAUGAACCUCUAUAAACAACAAAGUAUGUCCUUCUCCACCAUUUCCACUGGCAUUAGAUUUGAUCAAAGCAAAACAAUGGUGGGUGGUCCUUUAGUCAUUCCUGUACAUUUAGGUUUAGGAAAUUUUGUCUUUCAUUUUGAUUUUCCCACUAUAUAUGAGAUCUUCACAGCUGAGGAAAGAAGAUUUUGAUUAUGAUACAAACAGACCUCACUAUACACUUUCCUUUGUUGUUUUUUUCUGGCCAUGUGGUUAGGAACAUCAAAGUCUAGUUUUUCUUUUUGGGAAUUGAUUCCCCCAUUGUUAUCAGUGGUUACACAGACUACAGAGAGUUAUAUGAUAUGACAUUGAUGUAUGAGAUCAUUACUGUGAAAAUGGCUUCUUUCAAUUGAUGUCUGUUUGUGCUUUGCUUUGAGGUGGGGGACAAUGGAGAGUGAUUAUGGGUAUCGUAUCUGAUAUAGGAACAGAGGGAUGACCAAUGGGGUUUCAGAGUUAGAUUGCCUCCCUCAAAUCAAAGAUCCUAACUUUCUUAAAGCCAUUGAUGGGGUGUUUGGCUUCUGGGCCGCUAACAUUACAGGUGGGGGAAAGAAAGUAGGCAGGCAAACAGGCAAGAGCACUAAAUAUGGUUGUGUGCCGAUGUGAUGUUGAAAUUAGGUGAAUUCUGAGGCUUUGCUUCAAUGGGAGAGGAAUAAGGCAGUGGUGGUGGGAGACAGACAGAUUGCUUCAUAGAAGGGGCAAGCAACAUUGUGCAGUUGUGUAUAUGCUAUUUGCUGGCCUACAUCUUUUGGCCUUUAUUAAUACCUAAAGUAUGUAUUUCACGAGCUAAGUCUAGAGUGCACUUCUAAUUUUGGAUGUAUCGUGCACGCGCUAUUUACAGUUGUUUUGUCCGUAUUGGUCGACGAUUUUGUAAAUCUACAUAAAAAGAUUUUGAACAU